ACAGUACCAGAGGUGACCGAAUAAACCGGUCAAGCUAUGGUAUAGUAGAGUUUCAAAAAUUUAGUUAAAAGAUGGCAUGUAUUAGUUUUUAGGUAUAAUUCUAUUCGAAUCUCAUAAAUCAUGUCAUCAUAGUUUCAUUUUUGUUUAAUGAUGAAUGAGAGAACCCGCUUCAUAGACAUAAUUCGGGGUUUGAUAUCUCAUACAGCAACAUGUACAUUGUUUCAUGAAAAAUACCUCAAGAUAAAAGUUAACUUGGAUGUAGAAGUCGACGAAAAAACUUCAUGGAAAGCAUCUUUCUUAACUACUUCAGAUGAGACAGCACUAAAACCAAAUAAUCCUCUUUCAUCACCAAAAGCAACUUUGAAAAAGUAUCCAUGUCUGCUAUGUCCAGCUACAUUUAAAUAUUCGUCUAAUUUGCGCCGGCACGAAAAUCAACAACACAAUAGAACCACAAAACGCAGAGGAUCAACAAAACUCUCAAAAAUCAAGCUAAAAGACAAUGGUAACAACUUUCAGACUGAAAAAGAAGUAGAAUUUCAGAGACCCGCCCUAAACAACGAGUUACAUAGACAACACCCUCAAAAUAUUUCUUCUCCGAAAUUAAAUUCAACUAGAGAUAUUAUAGACGUGAAACGUAUUAUUGACGCCCUACAAUCAAAAAAAUCUUGUUCAAGAGAGGAUACAACUGAAGAAAGUUGUGUUACAGUGUUUUCUAUUGAGGAAGACCAUAUCAACAACAACAAUCUAUCGAGCGAAGAGAAUGCCAGCGAAGCAAAUAGUUUCUCCUGUCCACUAUGCCCUACAAGCUGUAACAGAAUGAGCAAUCUCUAUAGACACAUUAGGACAAAACAUCCCGACAAACCAUCAAUUUUACCACAAGAAAAGAAAUUAAAUAACUUAUAUAAAUGUCCAUUUUGUUUUAUAUCAUUCUCUUUUAGCACAAAUAUGAGAAGACACGUAAGGAAAAAGCAUCCCGAGAAAAGACUGGAAAAUAAAUCUGGAAAAUUAACAUAG